AUGGAAAUGCGAAUAGAUGGUUUUUGAUCAAAUGGACUGAAUAGUAUGAGACUAUUUACAUACAGCUCAUAUUCUUUUUUGAAAAUAAUUAGUUGAGUUUAUAAUAGAAUAAAAUAAGAAAAUGUUGCGAAUCUCUGUCAAUAGUUGUUGUCGACCGUUGUUAAAAUUAAAUACUGUACAGAGCAAUACUACAUGUAGAUCAAUUCACAUUGUACGUCGAAGUAGGCAUACUAUUGUAAAAAAUUUGCUUCUUCUUGAUUCGAAUCGUUUCGAUUCUCAUAUAUUAAAUGCUUUCUUUAUGCGACAUGCAAGUACGAAUGGUACUGCAGUAACUGAUACAAAGGAAGUUCCUGAAGUAAAUCGAAUUGAUUUAACGAAUCAUACGACUGUUAAUAAAGAUGAUCAGUUAUUUGAAAUACCAGAUAUACCAACUCCGGUAGAUGAGGUAGUUACAGUGGUACAAAAAGUACAUGCCAAUGGCGAAGUAAUGUUUGAAAGUUUAGGAUUAGGAGGAUAUAAUCCUGUAGGUAUUAUUCAAACUUGUAUGGAAUGGUUGCACAUCUCUUGUAAUUUACCUUGGUGGUCUACGAUUGUUAUAGGAACUUUGGCUGUUAGAAUAUUCAUGUUUCCUUUAGUAAUAAACUCUCAAAGGUAUUCAGCCAAAAUGAGUAUGUAUUUCCCACAAAUAACGAAAUUACAACAGGGUUUAACAGACGCAAGAAUGAGUGGAGAUCAGUAUCAAGCUGCUGUAUAUACGAAUGAAUUAUAUCAACUUAUGAAGGAAAAAGGCUUAAGUCCUUGGAAAUCUUUAGUUCCUAUACUUGUACAGGCUCCUGUAUUUCUUAGCUUUGUCUUGGCUUUGAAAAAAAUGGCUGAUUUACCAGUUGAAAGUCUUAAAACUGGUGGUCUCUGGUGGUUUCAAAACUUGACUGUGCCAGAUCCUUAUUACCUAUUACCUUUAAUAACAAGUGGAACGUUAUAUAUUACGAUUGAAGUUGGAACAGAUACAUUAGCAGCUUCAUCAAUGGGAAUGAUAAAAUAUGCUUUACGUUGCAUCCCAUUAAUUACAUUACCAUUUUCAACAUCCUUUACAUCUGCUGUAUUAGUUUACUGGACAAUGUCAAACUUUUUCUCUUUGAUACAAGUUGGUUUAUUAAGAAUAGAACGUGUAAGAAAAUUUUUUAAUUUACCAAAGAUAGUACGGCACAAACCUACUGAUGUAAUUGCAAGAAAGGGAUUUAUGAAAGGAAUGAAAGAAUCUUGGGAGAACAUAAAAAUAACGAAGCAGAUUGCUGAAAGAGAUCGCGCGGAUAUGAUCAAAUUUAACAAUGCUGGAAGGGGACCCAUAAUAAAAACGUAUACAUACGAUCCAACAAAACAAAUCAAACAAGCUAAAAUACUUACAAAAAAUAAAUAAAUAAAAAGAUAAUUCAAUAGAAUUAUUGUAAAAAUUUAGA